CGGCUGGCGGGCGGCGCCGGCGGUGCCCCGGGAGCGCUCGCACACGCGCUCACACACACACAAACACACAGCCUCGUACACACUCACACACGCUCCGGCGCGCACACGCGGCGCGCAGGCCAGAGGGAGGAGGCUCGGCUCUGCGCGGCUAGGCGGCGGCAGCAGCGUGCUCCGCGGGCGGGCGGGAGGGCUGGCGGGCGGCCCCCGCUCCCCGGCUCGGCGGCUCUGUGCAGCCCGCGCGGCCCCCGCCCUCGGACCCGCCCCCGGGGGUCGCCCGGCUCCAUGCCCUGCAGUGGCGGCGGAGCAGCGCGCGGCCGCGGGCGGCUCUGAGGAGCCCGGAGGGAACCGGCCAGGAGGGGACCAUGUACCGGGACCCGGAGGCGGCCAGCCCAGGGGCGCCCACCCGCGAUGUCCUGCUGGUCUCUGCCAUCAUCACCGUCAGCCUUAGCGUCACUGUCGUCCUCUGCGGCCUCUGCCACUGGUGUCAGCGCAAACUGGGCAAACGCUACAAGAAUUCCUUGGAGACGGUGGGCACGCCAGACUCGGGGCGUGGGCGCAGUGAGAAGAAGGCCAUCAAUGAUCUAGACAGAGACUUUUGGAAUAACAAUGAGAGCACAGUGCAGCAGAAAUGGAGCUCCUACCCUCCCAAGGAGUUUAUUCUAAACAUAUCACCCUACGCCCCUUAUGGCGACCCACGACUGUCCCUCAAUGGCACCCUCCUGUCGGGCGCCAAAGUGGCCGCCGCGGCGGGGCUGGCGGUGGAGCGGGAAGGCCGGCUGGGGGAGAAGCCGGCAUCGGUGCCGCCACCCGGAGAGGACGCCUUGAGAAGCGGCGAGGCUGCCCCCAGCGAGCCGGGCAGCAGUGGCAAGGCGGGGAGAGGCCGCUGGCGGACAGUGCAGAGCCACCUGGCCGCAGGGAAGCUCAACUUGUCCAAUUUCGAGGACUCCACCCUGUCCACGGCCACUACCCUUGAGUCUAUCCCCAGCUCCACGGGAGAGCCGAAAUGCCAGCGACCCCGCACCCUGAUGCGGCAGCAGAGCCUGCAGCAGCCGCUGAGCCAGCACCAGCGGGGCCGGCAGCCCAGCCAGCCCACCACCAGCCAGAGCCUGGGCCAGCUGCAGGCCCACAUGGGCUCGGCGCCGGGCUCCAACCCCCGGACCUAUGGUCGGGGCCAGGCUCGGCAGGGCACCUCGGCCGGCUCCAAGUACCGGGCGGCCGGGGGCCGCAGCCGCUCCAACCCGGGCAGCUGGGACCACGUGGUGGGGCAGAUUCGAAACCGAGGCUUGGACAUGAAAUCCUUCCUGGAAGGCCGGAUGGUGGUGCUAUCCUUGGUCUUAGGGCUUUCGGAACAGGAUGACUUUGCCAAUAUCCCUGACCUGCAAAACCCAGGAACCCAGCAGAACCAGAGCGCUCAGGGGGACAAGAGGUUACCGGCAGGAGGGAAGCCAGUGAGUACAGCCCCGGUUCCAGGCCAGACGCCCCAUGAUGAGUCUGACCGCCGGACUGAAGCACACUCCUCUGUCUCGGACCUCGUCAACUCCCUCACCAGCGAGAUGCUCAUGUUAUCUCCAGGCUCCGAGGAGGACGAGGCCCACGAGGGCUGCAGCCGAGAGAACCUGGGCCGGAUCCAGUUCAGCGUCGGCUACAACUUCCAGGAGUCCACUCUCACCGUGAAGAUCAUGAAGGCCCAGGAGCUGCCAGCCAAGGACUUCAGCGGCACCAGCGACCCCUUUGUCAAGAUCUACCUGCUGCCAGAUAAGAAGCACAAGCUGGAGACGAAGGUGAAGCGGAAGAACCUGAACCCCCACUGGAAUGAGACCUUCCUAUUUGAAGGUUUUCCCUACGAGAAGGUGGUACAGAGAGUCCUCUACCUCCAAGUCCUGGACUAUGACCGCUUUAGCCGCAACGACCCCAUCGGGGAGGUGUCCAUCCCCCUCAACAAGGUGGACCUCACCCAGAUGCAGACCUUCUGGAAGGAUCUGAAGCCAUGCAGCGAUGGGAGUGGUAGCCGAGGGGAGCUGCUCUUGUCUCUCUGCUACAACCCCUCUGCCAACUCCAUCAUCGUGAACAUCAUCAAAGCCCGGAACCUCAAAGCCAUGGACAUCGGGGGCACAUCAGACCCCUAUGUGAAGGUGUGGCUGAUGUAUAAGGACAAGCGGGUGGAGAAAAAGAAGACAGUGACAAUGAAGAGGAACCUGAACCCCAUCUUCAAUGAGUCCUUUGCCUUUGACAUCCCCACGGAGAAGCUGAGGGAGACGACCAUCAUCAUCACCGUUAUGGAUAAGGACAAGCUCAGCCGCAAUGACGUCAUUGGCAAGAUCUAUCUGUCCUGGAAGAGUGGACCAGGGGAGGUGAAACACUGGAAGGACAUGAUUGCCCGUCCCCGGCAGCCUGUGGCCCAGUGGCACCAGCUGAAGGCCUGAGUGGGGCCAAGGGAGGCCCAGGGGGCCAAGGACCCGGAUCCCCAUCAUGCCCUCAACACUUUAUGCACAACGCCCAGCCUGGCGCCCCUGCCAUGGGUGAGGGGAGGACCCUGUGGGCUCAGCCAGGGAGGGGUUUCAGGACUUUACUGUGCCCCAUUUCUAGGAAGUACCAGCCCCACCCCCCACUGGUCCAGCUUGGGGGAGAGGAUCUGGGAGCCAUUUUCCUGCUUUCCCCAUUCCUUCCUGACUUGCUGAUACUAAAGAAGUGGGGGAGAGCCUAAGAGCCAGAUGGGCAGACAGGCACAUCCCUCCAGAGGCCCGCCAGGUGGGCAUGGCCCCCCAUUUUCUUUAAGGCAGUGCCUGGAGUGGAGAGAGGCCACUCCCUCCCCAGCCCCUGAUGUGGGCCCAGGGGAGGGGAAUCCGAGGCGUUUGGCCCCGGCCUGGCCAGCAGAGGCCCGUCCCCAGGGCAGUUUCAGGUGCCGGCUGGGCCCUGAAUGCCAAUGAUAGUAUAUAGCCUGCUCCGGGGUCCUGGAGCCGUGGUCCUGUGUACUUGUGUUGUGUCCACUGUGUGUGUGUGCAUGGAGGGGGGCACUUGCUCCCUGUCCCCCUGGGGCUGGCAGUGCUGAAGACCAUGCAGAGAAGUUAGGUUUUGUGAAGGCAAGGUGGGGAUGGAGGCCAGGGGGUGGGAGAGGAGAGGCCAGUAGGGUUGAGUGAGGGUGGGGGGCAGAUCCAAGAGCUGAGCUGAGAAUUGGGAGCCUCCUGCCACACACCCCCCUUUGCCUCCCUCAGCUCACAUCCUUCAGCAGCUCUUUGCUCAGCAAUUUCAUGUCUUGAAUGUCAGUUCACACCUUUAAAGCACCUACUGUGUGCGCAGCAUUUUACCAGGACUUAGCCACUCCUUUCCUUCUCAGGGGUCCCAAGCCCCCACUGGCUCUUCCCUAACACCUUCAUCCACACACACCCCUUCCCACAUCUCUCAUCCGAGCCAAGUUGGCCAUUCUUUCCAUGCUUCCCAGCUUCCUUGCCCUUCUUCUCCCUGCCUGUGCAGGCCCCCACCCCUUCCCUCUCCACCCUUCCACCACUGCUGCCUGUGAACAUUCCCUUUCAUUCCCUAUCUGUGGUCUCUGAUGUCCCAUAGCCUGAUCUUCUCCAGGACUGUCUUCUAACCCUUCCCCACUCCUCAGUCCCCAGAGCAGCUCCAUCUGCCCCUGCCACCCCACGUACAGUGCAGGGCGUGAGGCCUGGGAAGACUAGGACUGUUGUGGGUUCUGAGCUUGUCUGUCCCACACAAAGUGGUUUCUCUGCCUUCACCACUGCUGAGAACUGGAUUCCCCUUGGAGAAGCAUAUUUCAGGGUGAUCCCUCCUUAAACACUAUCAUCCCUACACUGGCCCCGAUAAUGAUACAAGACCCAGCUGGUGACAGAGCUUCAAAUCCUGGGAGUCCCCGAGCCUAGGCCUGACAUUCCCGGCACACACCGCCAGGUGGCGCCGGGACACCACAGUCUUGACCACAUUUCUACCUGGGGAGGGCCUGACAUCCCAAGGAAAGACUGGGGUCUCUGGACAGGGCGCUCUGCGAAAACAUAGACGCUUGGAAACCAUUCUUCUUCAGUAGGCUUCCCCUUGAGCUGUGCAUUCUAUCCUGUGUGGUAGACAGGUUGCCUUUUGCCCAUAACAAAAUUUUUGUAAAUUUAGUCUUCCCCUACCUCGCCCUCACCCCAUGACCUUCCCCUGGGAUCUAGAGGAAUAUCAUACAUAGUAGGUGAAUCGUUUUGUAGAGUGAAGAAUGCUGUAAAGCAAAUAGGCAUCCACAUUUCUUGUAAAUCCAAAUGUUUCUAUAUUGUAGCUUUGCUUGAAAUGGGGUCUGCCCCAACUGCACCCUCCUCGGCGGGAAGGCAGGCAGGGAGGGCUGUGACCCAGAGGCUGUGUCGAAGUAGGAGAGGGAGCUGUCCAAGUCCUGAGAAGAGGGGAUCUGUCAUUUUCCACCCCUCCCUUCAAUCCACCUCAAUUGCCGGUGGUGCCACCCCGACCCGGCUGGGGGCCCCCUAGCUUGCUGGGGGCUCUGGGAGAUCCAACCACUAGUGGGCUGUGGGCGGGGCAAUAGCAGUCCCUUUUCCAAACCACGCCCAUGGAGCUCUUAAUCAAUCACGUGCAAAGAGCAUCUCCGGGCAAAGUUUGUUCCCAUCUGACUCCACCCAGGCACACUGAUGACCCUGCCUGGGGUUCCCCGACCCCUUCCGCUCAGCUGGAGCUCUGGGACAUUGGGGAAGGGCAGCAAGUGGUGGGCGGUGGGCAAGGUGAGCUGGCAAGGGAAGACGAUGGGUGGUAGGGGGUGGGGGCAGGGGCGGUCUAGGGCAUAGAAGAGCAGGAAACGGGGGAACUUGAGGGUGGAGGGAGGGCACCAGAGUCCUGCCACCAUCCCAGGACCUUGGGCAAGUCACCCACACUACCUGGGCCUCAGUUUCCCCAUCUGUAAAAUGAUGGUAAUAAUACUUCACCUACCUCAUAGGGGAGGUUGUGAGGCCACCAUCAACUGACUUGGGGGUUGCAGCAGGAGAACUCUGAAGGUGCUACCCGGGAGCAAAGUAUUAUUACCAAAACUUGAGAGCAAGGCCCACCUGCCCUUCUCCCCUAAAGCCUCCAGAGAUAGCGGAAGCCAGCCCAGGCCCAUCUGUCUCUUCACUGUGUCCCAGGCGCCUCCGUGAGCAUCACCUGCCGUCUCUGUGGGUGCCCUAGAGUUAGUUGUUACCUUGUUCAGGUGUCCUUUCUUGUGACCAUCUCCUCACGUGACUGCUGUACAAAUUCCACCUGCCCCAGGACCCCCACACCUGCCCAUUGGCACCAGAGGCCAGGGGAGGGACAAAGGAAAACAGCCACAAAAAAACCCAAGGGGGCCCCUAAGGCCCCCAGGGAUGGGGAUUGGUGGCCACUGUUUGUAUUGUGUUUGAGUCCUUGAUCGAAAAUGUUUUAUAAAAAAUUAAACAAAAACGCACUGUCACAAAAAAAUUUUUUUGCAGCAAAGAGAAAUGAAGAAAAACUGAAGAAAAAAAGGGAAAAAGAACCAUACAAAAAUUUUCCACCACACGCACCCUCUAAGCCAGCAAGAUUUCCUCUUUGCAAAAUCAUAUUUUUGUGGGAAUGGGCCCUGCUUUUUGUGGCAAGGCCUGUUCUGAUUAAUAAAGGAUC